CUAAGAAGAAGAAGAAGAGGAGACGGGGCGGGGCGGUCUUGUUUUUGUCAGUCGUUGCACGCAGCACCUCUGCUGUGAAAAUGCGUAUCGAAAAGUGUUAUUUCUGCUCGGGACCAGUGUACCCUGGACAUGGGUCGAUGUUUGUACGCAACGACUGUAAGACAUUCAGAUUCUGCAGAUCAAAAUGCAUCAAGAACUUCAAGAAGAAGCGUAACCCAAGAAAAACAAGAUGGACCAAAGCAUUCAGAAAGGCAUCAGGAAAGGAGUUGACAGUGGAUAAUGCUUUGGAGUUUGAGAAACGCAGAAAUAUACCUGUUAAAUAUAACAGGGAGCUGUGGGACAAGACAGUGGAAGCAAUGAAGAGGGUGGAAGAAAUAAAACUGAAACGACAGGCAAGAUUUAUCAUGAACAGAUUAAAGAAGGGCAAACAGUUGGAGAAAGAAGAGGCCAUCACCGAAGUGAAGAAAAAUAUUCACCUUAUCAAAGCACCACAUGCAGGAAAGGCCAAACAAAUGGAAGACAAAAUGGUGCAGAAGUUACAAGAGGACGUGGACAUGGGGGAUGAUGAUAAUUAAUCUUAACCCAAGGGGGUUUUGUUUGUGUGAUGAAACUCUUGAGCAAGUUGACCUUGAAUUAUAUUGUACUUCUGUUUUGGAAUUAAAAUUUCCAAAUGGCUGAUGAUGGACACAGUAAUACAUUCAGUUUUAAAUUGCUGUACUUGCUAUUAUUUUCUUCUGUGUGGUAGUUGGAGCUGUAAAGAAUUUACUCAUCAUUUUACAUAAUGUAUAACAGUAAUGCAGAAAAUGUUAAAAGGUAACCAACAAAAAUGUAAUAAACAUCUUUUGGGUAAUGUU